UGUGCGUCAUUUCUGGGCGUCUCAGAACGGAGUCGCUAACGGCCAGGAGAGAAUAUGCCCAAGUUUUAUUGUGAUUACUGCGAUACCUAUCUCACCCAUGACUCUCCAUCUGUGAGGAAGACACACUGCAGUGGGGGAAAGCACAAAGAGAAUGUGAAAGACUAUUAUCAGAAAUGGAUGGAAGAGCAGGCCCAGAGCCUGAUUGACAAAACAACGGCUGCAUUUCAACAAGGAAAAAUACCUCCUACUCCAUUCUCGGCUCCUCCUCCUGCAGGGGCGAUGAUUCCACCUCCCCCCAGUCUUCCGGGUCCUCCUCCUCCUGGGAUGAUGCCAGUGGGACCUGCUCCUGGAAUGAGGCCACCCAUGGGAGGUCACAUGCCAAUGAUGCCUGGGCCCCCAAUGAUGAGACCUCCUGCUCGUCCCAUGAUGGUGCCCACUCGUCCUGGAAUGACUCGACCAGACAGAUAAGGAUAGAGGGGAGUUUUCUUUAUGUCAGUUUUUAUUACUUGUUCUGCUUCACCAAGAGAUCAUGGUGCUGUGACGCUGGGUGUUUUCUUAAUAGCAUGAUAAGGAAAACUUGCUCCCCCUUCCUAUCAAAGAGAGAGUAAGAAUAGUUUUGAAGGGAAAAAGUGGAACCAGAAAAAGGGGCAGUUUUCAUUUGUAUUGUGAAAUGUGAAAAUAAAAUUGUCAACUGUUU